AUGAGGAGGUGAAGGAGACGACCAUGCGUGAGCUGAAGAUGCUCCGCACGCUGAAGCAGGAGAACAUCGUGGAGCUGAAGGAGGCGUUUCGGCAGCGAGGGAAGCUGUACCUGGUGUUUGAGUACAUGGAGAAGAACAUGCUGGAGCUGCUGGAGGACAUGCCUAACGGAGCUCCGCCGGAGAAGGUCCGGAUCUACAUCUACCAGCUGAUCAAAGCCAUCCACUGGUGCCAUAAGAACAACAUCGUCCACAGAGGUCACAGAAAACCAAUUAGAAAAACAAAAUCCCUUAUAUUUGAAUGAUUUAUUGAAUUAUUAAAUCUGCAGAGGUGUG